UAUUCUCCAAGGAAGGUUGGACUGAAUCGCCCGAGAGAAAUAUAAAAGUCUGACACGGAUCCUUGGUUUGCACCAAACUUGCGUUCACUUACUGAGCUGCUGUGGUUUAAAGUUUGAUGUGAGUCGAAAACAUAUGGUUUUACUUUAAUUAAACAAUUUUCUGCUCCGGGUCAUUAAGUGAAAAUGCAGUGGACUCUAAUCGUCCUUCUUGGGAGCUCCUUGGCUGAAACUACUUUGGGCUGGAUGUACCACUACUCAAAUGAAAGCAUGACCUGGGCCAACGCUCGACAGUACUGCAAGACCAAUUACACGGACAUGGUGGUCAUCCAAAGCCAAGAAGAGAAUAACCAUCUCGUCUCCCUGCUGCCAAACCGACUUGGGACUCCAUAUUAUUGGAUUGGAAUUACCAAAAACCACAUGAAUGAAACCUGGACCUGGCUGGGCAACAACAGCACGUGGAUCGGUAAUGAGUCGUGGGCAGAGAAAGAGCCCAACAACAACCACAGCACAGAGUUUUGCGUGGAGAUCUACGUCAAAAUAGGGAAAAACCGAGGGAGGUGGAAUGAUGAGAAAUGCUCCAAUAAGAAAUAUCCUGUUUGUUACAAAGCCCAGUGCAACGAAACAGCAUGUGGCCGAGGAACAUGUCGGGAGACUAUCAACAACAUAAUCUGCCUCUGUGAACCUGGAUUUAAAGGAGACAGAUGCCAAACAGCGGUGGAAUGUCCCUAUCUGCCACAGAGUGAUAACGGAGACUUUCGCUGCUCGGAGGGAAACCAAACAUUUAACUCAACCUGUCAACUGAAAUGCCAUCUUGGCUUCCUGCCGACAGGGUCAUCAACCAUUACCUGCGAGGCCAAUGGAGUCUGGAGUGGCCCAAGACCUAUUUGCACAAGCUAUAAACAUGCUCUUUUGGCUGUGGUGGGGUGUGGUGCCCUCUCAGCCGUCGGCUGCCUCUGUUGUUGUUGGAUGAAACGCAGAAAAAGAAAGAAACUUGCACAAGUAAGGCAGACUGAAGAAGCGACAUGCUCAUCCAAUGAGGUGCACGGAUAAAGGAUCCUUGUGUAUGUCUUUUUAAAGUAGAUAUAUAAUAACCAAAAUAUUAUUUAUACUACACUUUUAAUGAAUAUCCCUGCAGUCACUGGCUCCACAAGCUAUUUGCAAAAAAAUGUUCGAUUAGCAGGUUAAUUGUUUUGCUGAAUAUACUGUAUUUUAAAGCUUGAUUUAAAUAUAUAUAGCGUAUCAUAUUAUGUGUAUGUAACCUCCAAACAUGCUUUUAAUAA